AUGACAACACGAUUCAAGAAGAACAGGAAGAAGCGCGGCCAUGUCAGCGCCGGCCACGGUCGAAUCGGAAAGCACAGAAAGCAUCCUGGAGGUCGUGGUAAUGCCGGAGGUAUGCAUCACCACCGUAUCCUGUUCGACAAAUACCAUCCCGGUUACUUCGGUAAAGUCGGUAUGAGGUACUUCCACAAGCUCCGCAACAAGUUCUACUCCCCGAUCGUGAACAUCGACAAGCUUUGGUCGCUGAUUCCUGAAGAUGUGAAGGAAAAGGCUGCGAAAUCGAAGGGAACUGCACCUGUUAUUGAUGUUACGCAACACGGUUUCUUCAAGGUUCUUGGUAAGGGUGUUUUACCUAGUAAUCAGCCUAUUGUUGUUAAGGCGAAGCUUAUUUCGAAGAUCGCGGAGAAGAAGAUCAAGGAAGCUGGUGGUGCUGUUGUUCUUACUGCUUAG